AUGGCCACCGAAAAGGACACCGCCAUCACGUCCGGCGUCGAGGCCGCCGACACGACCGGCCAGGUCCUGGAGAAGCGCAAUGACAGCAUCGUCAAGAUCGAGUCGUUGGACGAAGACGACGAGACCAUCACCGACCUCUUCGUCAGCUUCCCGCCCAUCAAGGGUGCCGCCCCCGAAAGACACCCGCUGACCAUCCGCGCCGUCGUCGUCGGCGUCUGUCUCGGCUCCCUCGUCAACGCGUCUAACGUGUACCUCGGCCUCAAGACGGGCUUCACUUUCAGCGCCAACCUGUUUGGUGCCAUCUUCGGCUAUGGCAUCAUCACCAUGCUCUGCCGCUUCCUGCCCAACACCCCGAUCCUCGGCAUGCCCUUUGGGCCCCAGGAGAACUCCAUUAUUCAGGCCGCCGCCACCGGCGCCGGCGGCAUCGCCGGGCCCUUUGUCGCCGGUUUCCCCGCCAUGUACCGCCUCGGCCUGUGGCAGCGCCCCGGUCAGUCCCAGCAGGACCAGAGCCCGUCGCAAGACUUUGGCAGCAUCAUCGCCAUCACCGUCAUCUGCGCCCUCUUUGGCCUCUUCGCCGCCAUCCCGCUCCGCAAGUUCUUCAUCAUCAACGUCGCCCGCGAGCUCAACCUCAUCUUCCCCACCCCCACCGCCGCCGCCCUCACCAUCCGCUCCAUGCACUCGGUCGGGUCUGGCGCCGCUGACGCCAUGAAGAAGAUCAAGGCCCUGCUGGCCUCGUUCUUCGGCGGCAUCGUCAUCCUCGUCUGUGGAUCCUAUGCCAAUGGCAUCACCCACGAGUGGCACCUCUUCACCUGGUUCUACGCUUGGGGCGGCUAUGCGCAUCCCACCCUCAUGACCAUUGAGAGCUGGGGCUGGUACAUCCUGCUUACCCCCGCCUUUUUCGGCUCCGGGCUGCUCGUCGGCCGCAACGCCGCCCUGUCGUGGUGGCUCGGUACCUUUGUCGCCUGGGCCAUCAUUGGCCCCGUCCUGGUCUACUACGGCGAGUGCAGGACAAACGUGCUCUUUGAAGAGGACAGCAAGUGGCACCCCUACGUGUCCUUUGCCAGCAUGUCUGGUCUCGGCAACGGCAAGCCCGUCUCGCCGCGCUUCUGGAUGCUCUGGCCUGGUGUCGCCGUCCUGAUUGUCUACAGCAUGACCGAGUUCAUCAUGCACAUCGGCGUCGUCUGGGAGGGUGUCGUCUACGCCUGGCGUGGUGCCUGCGAGGCCAUCAACAACAGGAUGCAGCAGCGCGGCAAGCACAAUGCCUACAUUGCAGGCCAGGCUGCCAAGGCAAGCGACCCAAGCAACCUCGUCGAAGACUUUGCUACAAAGGACCAGCAAGUCCCUGACUGGGUGUGGAUGUCGGGCUGUCUAGCCAUGACCGUCAUUGCCAUGCUCAUCUGCCACUUCAAGUUUGGCAUCAACCCUGGCCUCACUCUCCUCGCCCUCUUCCUAGCCCUCAUCUUCGCCUUCCUUUCCAUCCACGGUGGUGCCGUUACCGACAACACCCCUCUGACUGCCUCGGCCAAGGCUUCUCAGCUCGUCUUUGGUGGCAUUACCCACGGCUGGGAAAAGACGCACGCUCAGCGCAUCAAUCUCAUUGCGGGCAACAUUGCUUCGGGCUGUGCCAAUGUGUCCACGGAUUUGACCAGUGACUUCCGCGUCGGCUUCCUUCUCAGAACCCCGCCCAACCUGCAGUUCUAUGCGCAGUGCGUCGGUACCAUUGUUGCCAUCUUUUUGGCGCCCGGCAUGUUCGUCUUGUUCAUGGCUGCCUAUCCCUGUGUCUGGCAGGCUGAUUUGAGCGAGCUGGCGCAAGCGCAGUGCGCAUUCCACGCGCCAUCCGCGGGCGCCUGGCAGGCUGUCGCCGAGGCCAUGACGCUGCCCAAGAUUCCUAUUCCCCACAGCUGUGUCAUCUUCACCAUUGUCAUUGCUGUCCUGUGUGGACUCCAAGUCGUCGUUAAGAACCUCUGGCUUGUCGGUCCUCGCGAGAAGUACCGUGCCUUCCUCCCCAACUGGAUGAGUAUUGGCGUUGCUUGGGUUCUAGGCCCUGAUACCGGUUAUGCCAACAUGAUUGCUUUCGGCGCCAUUACUGCUUGGUGGUGGAGAAAGUACUUUCCCCGCAGCUGGGAAAUCUACGGCUACGCUGUUGCUGCUGGUCUUAUCGCUGGUGAGGGUCUCGGCGGUGUCAUCAAUGCCGCCCUCACACUCGGUGGUGUUGACGGGACUACCAUCGGAACCAAGAUUGGUAUUCCCGGCGAGUUUUAA